AUGGAGGACCUUUUUCUGCUAAUUAUCAAGGAGUCGACGGGCACGAAGCAUAACGCGUUGCGACAAACGGCACAAAUUGCUUACGAUAAACUGUACCGCCAGCAUGGCAUCCACCGGGAUCCGUCGCACGAGCUGCGCUCGGUCUGCUUCACGGCCCUGCAGAUGGCACUGGACACCAAGCGGCCAAAAUUCAUCACGAUGGGCCUCAACGGGCUGCAUCGCGUUAUCAAGGACGAACGGUUCUAUAUUGGCCUUGAGCCCGAGGACGAUUCCGUAUGGCUGCCAUCGCAGCUGCUGCGUGCCACCAAUGGCAUCCUGCCAUCGACCAGCAGCGAGGACACCGUGGUGAAUGUGCUCCGGCUCUUCCUGGCCAUGGCCUGCUCCCCGGCCUGCACCUUGAAUGGGCGCCUGCUCAUCGAGAUACUCUCACGCUGUGGCGAAUGCUGGGAGAUGGGCUCCAGGGCCACCAAGGCGGCCUCCUUGGCGGCUGCCUCCCAAUGCCUGCGCACCUUCUGCGCCUUUCUCAUCGAGGAGGCCGAGGAGGUGAAGAAGACGGCGCCGGCGGGCCUGAUGACCCAGACGCAGGCCUCGGCCGUCUACAACGAGGUGAUACCCGUGAUGCAGUGGCUCUGUAGCCGUCUGGUGGAGCCCAAUGUCAACACAUCGCCGAACAAGAAGUGCGAGAAUCACAGCUCCCUCUACCUAACCGAAUGCAUACUGACCCUCAGCUCGGCCCUGCCCCGCAAUGUCCAUGCCAAUCCGCACUUUACCUCCUUCCUGUGGCAAAAGUUCUGCCCCACAUUGGCCGCCGCCCUGGGCUCCCCAGGACGCAUCAAUCUGGACAAAAAGUUCACCUACAAAGACGCUCUCCACAUGAUAGAGAAUGAGGCACGCGGCUUCUUUACGGGCCCUGGCCUGGACGGACCUCAGGCACGAUGCGUAUACCUGACGGCCAUUCAGCUGCUGCGCAUCGCCGGGGCCCACGGUUCGCUGCGUCCUAUGCUGGAGGCUUUGUUCCAUCGUAUGCUGCUGCUGCCGUCGCCCCAGAACCGCACGGAGCCGCUGCGUUGUGUCCGCGAGAUAUUCAAGAGCCCCGAGCGGCUGAUCGAUCUGGCUGUCAUCCUCUACGUGGACAAGAACACGGCCCAGGGCUGUAGCGAUGAAAUGGCCCUGUUCAGACUCUUGGUGGAUGCCAUGGAGGAGUGCGCCUACGGGGCCAGCGGCUCCGGGGGCAGCGCCUGCACGGAGGCCAGCCUCCAGGCCAGCGUCGAGUGCAUGGUGGCCCUGCUGGACAGCCUCCAGGUGCUGUGCAGCGGCGAGCUGACCGAAUCUAUGAUCAGCGAUCAGAUUGUCCAGGUCGUGAACUCCCGCCACGAUUUGCUGAAAGACGCCGACUAUUCGGGACCCUUGACCUACCAGAGCAUGGCCCGGCUGCCGGCGCCCUAUCGGGAUGCAAUUGUGGAGUUCCGUCAGAAUGUGUUCGAGACCUCUUCGGGGUCGGAGAGCGAUGGCGAGCCGCCGAACGAGCAGGACGGGGCCUCCAAUGGCUCGGGCGAUACGGAGGGGCCCGAGGACGAUGAGCACAGCAGCUCCAGUGAUGAGACGUCGCGCGUGGAGAAUCGCUGGCCCUACUCCCACCUGGAGGCCCCUGUUAUGCCCAUCCGUACGGACAGCGACAAUGAUCGACAGCAUGCUCGGGACUUUGCUCGUGCCUUGCGGCAAGAUCUGGUGCCGAAGCUCCUGCGCCUGCGCAGCUGCGUGGAGCUGGACGAGGCCAUGCAGGAAUUCGCGUCGGCUGUGUGCCAGGAGAACAGCAUGAACUUUUCCGACUUUGACUACAAUCUCACGGCCAUCAAUGCGGAUGGCAUCUACCUGGCCAUCUACUCCUCCCUGCUGCUCAGCCUCCAGCUGAUGCGCGCCGGCUAUUACGAUCAGGCUCUUCCGGCGCCCCCCAAUCGAGACAUCCUGGUGCCCAUGUCCGAGCAGCAGUUCGUGACCUCCGUGCAGAAUACGGGCGUUCUGGUCUACCUAUCAUCGCCGUGGCUCUGCGAGCUCUAUCAAUCUGUGACCAUGUGCAACAUCCUCGAGGCCAUGUCUCGCCAACAGCUGGAGGGCACUGGGCCGCGGUGCGCCCUCGUCGAUAUGCUGUGCGAUGCGGGCGGCCUGGGGGCCACACAGAUGCUCUCCGAGUGGCAGCGCCUGCAGACGGCCACGCAGGUAAAGCACAGCGAUGACGAGCAGCACGACAAGCGCCGGGAGGCUGCCAAGAAACUGUGCCGCCGCCUCCUCACCUGCUGCUGGGACUCCAUGGUGAUUGUGCUCAGCUCGGGGCUGGGGGAUCUGCAGACAACGUCUGCCUCCAACAAACUGGUGGCUCUGUCCAAGCGCACACUGAGAGUUAAGGCCAAGGCGAACAAGUCCAACGGUGAGGCCUUGUAUGCCAUGUGCCUGGAUGGACUGCAUUCGGCGGCCACGCUCAGCAACAGUCUCAAUCUGCAGCAUUUGGCCGGAAAGAUCCUCAAUCUGUUGGCCUCCAAUGUGUGCCAGACCACGGGACCGCGCAUCUCCGCCAGCCAGGCCAUGUCCAUGGAUGUGGUGCUCACGGGUGGCCUCAAUCUGGGCAGCUACAGUGCCGACUGCUGGCCGAGCAUCUUUGCCGUCUGCCGGCACGUGAGCCAGCUGGAGCAUGAGAUCUUUAGCAUGCAGAAUCCAUCCAUAUCCGCAUCGCCGGGUAGCAGUCGCAGGGAUCUGGAGACGGGCGAGAAGCUGAGCAACGGCAAUGCCCAGGAUAAGCUGAAUCUCUCUUCGAUACCCAUCGAUGAUGAUGAGACCUGCGUCGAUGUCUACAGCUUCCUGCAGGCGCCCAUGCAGAGCCCCAACACGAACAUCACGUGCAUACUGAAGGUCUACUCGGGCACCAACGAGACGGUGCUGCUGAGCCAGUGCGACACCUCCAAGGUGCUGUGCGCGUUGUCCCAUCAGGCGGAGAAUCUGUUCAGCGAUGCCGCCGAACGGCUCAGCCUCCCGUCACUGUGCCAGUUCCUCAAACAUCUGUGCCGCGCCUCGCGCGACCAGCUGUACAAGAGCCAGGUGGCCCGCAAGGGCACACGGGUUUGGUGGCCCAGCAAGGGCUGGAAGAAGCUCGAUUCGCUGCCCAUGUCGCUGCUCCUGCAUCGCAUCGGAGACGUGACGCUCAAGGUAUUUCGCAGCUCGAGGCCGCUGCUGCACGUGCUCAAGGUGUGGGCCAUUACGGGACCGCAUCUGAUGGAUGCCGCCUGCCACAGGGAUCGCAUGAUCUCGAAGCGGGCCAUCGAGUACAUACACGACAUAAUAACGGCACUGCUGGUGGAGCAAUCGGAGCUGCCGUAUUUCCACUUUAACGAGGCCCUGCUGAAGCCCUUUGAGAAUCUCCUCAGCAUGGACACGGAUGUGGAUGUGCAGGAUCAGAUUGUGGCCUGCCUCUACGAAGUGGUGGAGGCACAUCGCACCGAGAUACGCUCCGGCUGGAGGCCGCUCUUCGGUACGCUGCGCAAUGCCCGCAGCCGGAUGCUCAACAUGAGCAAUAUCAUUGACAUCUUUCGGGUGUUUCUCGACUCGGACAACACGCUGGUGUUUGCCAACGCCGGACUCGACUGUAUUCUGUGUCUGCUCUCCUAUCUGGAGAUCUCAGGCGGUGGCACCAACAACAACAACAAUACUUGUACCGGCUCCAGUAAUGGCGCAGGAGGAGGAGCAGCUGGCGGAGGAGACGAAGAUAAUGCCUUUAGGCCCACAGACUUCCUGCACGAAACGCUACGUUUCUUGGAGCGCUGCUCCAGCAUCCUGGGCUUCAUGUACAGCAUGCCCAAGUGCCCGAACUUCCACUCCACGUACAAGAUCAAGGGCAUCUCGUACACGCACAUUAUCGAUGCGAACAUCCCCAGUUCGAUGGAGAAUUUCACCUACUUUGGGAACGACUAUCUGCAGACACGGAACGAGCAGUACAUGAUCUCCUACCGCUCCCUGCAUAUCGACAAGGACACCAUCGUGAAGAUCGAUGAGAUGGACAAGCCCUCGGGCGUGCUCAAGGUGUGGUUCCUCCUGCUGGAUGGCCUCACCAACUCCCUGAUCGUCUGUCCCUACUCGCACCAGGCGCCCAUUCUGCAGACGAUCUUCAAGCUCUUCAAGAACCUGCUGGCCACGCCGGGCAUCGAUUUCGGGUUCUAUUGCAUCAAUCAUCUGCUGGUGCCGAUGAUCCAGGACUGGCUGCGGUACAUCAACAAGACGGGCGCCUCCUGGCAGCUGAUCGAGAAGAACUUCAAGCACUGCUGCUGCAUGACCACCGAUCUGGUGGUGGAGUUUAUUGAGAAAUCUGUGCCCGAGCAGCGUCGGUUGGGCGCUGGGACCAAGACGCGUCUCGCCCAGAUCGUCCAUCCCGCCGAUAAUCUCAUCUACUCGAAGCUCAAGUUCGUGACGGAGCGGAUCGAACAGCAGGAGCUGCCGAAUCUGAAUCUUAAUCCCACAACACAGGCGGGUCCCGACAGCAGUCGCUACGACAGCAGCUCCAGUUCGGCUAGCGAGGAGCAGAGCAAGGGCUGCUCGGGGGUGCCCCCAGCUUCAGCUGGGGCUGCCUCCACCUCUAGCGGCAGCAGCAACCUCAUCGAGUCCCCCACCAAAAUAUCCAGCUCGGCGACGCUGGCCCUCAAGCAGCUCCUGCUCGUACUGAUCGAGUGCGCUGCGCAGUCACAGGAGGCGAUUGCACGCAUUUCGGUGUCCUGCCUGAAGCACGUCAUCCUAUCGACGGGCAUGCUGUUCAACGAGUCCCAGUGGAUGAUCGCCUGCUCGGCCAUCCAUCGCGCCUGCACCGUGACCAUCGCACCGCUGCGACAGCUCUCGUUCGCCUUCCACGAGAAGUCCAACAGCUUCUACGGGGACUGUGCCAACGUGAAGGUGGCCGCCCGCCGCGACAGCAGCCUGGAGGAGCUGGCCCGCAUCUACUCGCUGGCACAGCAGGUCUUCCUGUCCGACAAUCAGCGGGAGCCCGGCCAGGGACAGGGGCCCAGUGGCACGGGACCCGGUACGGGGGCGGGAAGCCAAUGCAAGCUGUCGGACGACCGGAGCUACUCCUUCCUGCUGUACCCCCUCAACAAUGGCUUCAAUUCGAAUCUUGACAACUUUGUUAUACGGAUUCCGUUCAAGAAUCUGGUGGUGGGGCUGCUGGCCAACCAAAUGCUGCUGCAGCUGGUGGCCAAGCUGCUGCUGUCCCGGCUCAAGUGCGUGCCGCAAGCGGUGUCCACCUGCAUCUUCGACAAUUAUGCGGGUGCGGCGGCCACGCCCAGCCACGACUAUGAUCUGGACUUUCGGUCCAAGGAGAUACUGCUGCGCUGCGUCAAGCAGUACCUGAUGUCCGCCCUGGAGUUCGACUCGCGGCCUGGCCUCAAGUUCCUCAUGCAGAAGGUGUCCAACAUCGAGUACGCGGCCAAUUUGUACAAGCAGAUGACCUCCUCCUGGAUGAUCUACUACAUAGCCCUCGUCGACUCGCACCUCAACGACAUUGUGGUGUACAACCUGGGGCCGGAGGAUCUCAACUUCAUUCUGGAGUCCUGCUCGCGGCUGAACACCACCACCGUGAAGAAGAAGGAGAACUUUGUGCGGUAUCUGUUCUGCCUGCAGGAUGCCUGGAAUCUGGUCUGCGAGCUCUACUUGAGCAAUUCGGCCCUGCACGACCUCGAGACGAGCUCGAGCAGCAGCAGGCUACGGGGGCCGGAGCAACAGUCAGCGACGGCGGCGGCUUCCAAGAAGCCGCCAAUGGCGGCGCCGCCACACCAUCCGCACCCACACAUCCAUCCCCAUGCGCACCAAAUGGUGGGCAAACCCAUGUGCAUAUCGCUGAACGGGAAUGGCAAUGGGACUGCUGACGCCGAGAUGACCGAGGCCUCAGGAUCGGGUGGAUCGCCCAGCAAAUGCGUUCAGCUGCAGGAGGAGGAGAACGUGACGAUGACCACGCUGAUCAGCGAAUUCCAGCCAAAGUGCCGGAACAAUCCGUUCGAUACGAAUCGGCAGGCCAAGUCCGAGGCCGAGUCCAUAUCGCCGGAGAUUGAGCAGCAGCGGGCCAGCAGCAUUCUAAAGGACUCGAACUACAAGCGGGCGGCGCUCGCCCAAUUGGUGGUGGCCUCCAUGGAGCUGCUGCGCUCGCUGCCCGGCGAGGCCGAAGAGAAUCUCAAGCUGCUAAUGACGCCCACCAUACGGGAGGCCUUCCGCCUUGUCCAGCUGCAGGGCAACGAGCUGAAGGUCAACCAGUUUUAGGCAAUGCUUGUUGAGUUUUAUUUUGAUCUGUAGGCGCAGCUAAAACCGGCCCCUACUCCAGAAUCCAGUAUCCUGUAUCCUGUAUCCUGUAUCCUGCUACCAGUUCCCAGUUCUCCUAAUCCUAAUUCCUAGUCCUCCUGCCAAUGGCUAAUUUACAGCUACGUCUGCAUCUUGAACUGCUCACGCCCUUGCCAAAGGUCACCCUCUAACUCUCUAUCUCUAUCUCUCACUCUCUAUCUGUAUCUCUGUGUCUCUCUGUCCGUCUCUAUUAUUCGCCCGCAGUUCCCCAGCACAGCAGGCAAAACCAUUUCAAAGUAAAAGCUCAACAUGUCAGCCAGCACAAAGCAAAACUAAGCAAAAGUACAACGGUAUAAACGAAACCGAAGGAAAGGAAAAGAAGAAAGAUCACUAAGGUCAGGAUUCUGAAGAAGAUAUGUAGAUGAAGAUGAAGAAGUAGAUGACUAGAAGAACUAGCAUAAGCAGAAGCAGCAACAGCGUUAGUCAAGAACGUGUGUAGUCCUGUAAAUUAUAUUUAGUCGAAAACUUUCUCUCAACCUGAAAGCCGCCCCUCCUGAAAGCACUUUUCCCCAAUGUACGUUUAUUGUAAAGAACUGUUAGCUAGCACUGACUCCCAAGCAGAUCCCAACCAAGAAGCCCAACCCGACCCCCAAUAGCAACACAAAGAAAUCUAAUAUAAUAUAAUAUAAUAUAAAAUAAUAUGCAUUAAGAUUAUAGCAAACUGUAAACGUAUGUAAAACUUAUAGCGAAUGUUAACUAACACAAAAUCAGUGCCGCCCAUUAAUCCACGAUUACCACCAUUAACGAUUAGACACACUAACACACACACACUAACAAACACAGCCUAAAACAUAUAGAGACAUACGAUAUGAUACACAUAUUGUACUGCAAAUAUAGCAUGUGCAUAUGUGUGUCCGAGUAGUCCCGUGCUGCCUUUCAAAACUUGCAUACCUAUGUACCAGUGGGUACCAAACCCAACCAAACCAAAGCAAACAAAAAUUAAGGAUAACCUAUCACCUCCUGCACUAUCCGAAGCUUAUUAGCCUCUCUGUAUUUUCGAAGAAAAAACCCAACUAAACUAAGUGGAGCUGAUCCGUAACCGAUAACCAAAGAAAGUAGCUCAAGGAAGAACUGGAACUCUCGAUCUUUUUGGGGGAUCAGUCCUACUGCUCUACCUUUAAAAAAGUAAACGCACUCCCACGCCCGCGCUACAUACAUACAGACAUAUACAUAUACAUAUACAUACAUAUACAUAAAUAUAUAUAUGAAGCUAUGUGCCCUACAUAAAGAUCUAAAGAGUUAGAUGUCUAUAUAUACUAUAUACAUUAAAACUAUACAUAUAAAUGAAUGUACUUAUACAUAUGUAUUAUAGUUGUACUCGAUGUUGUAAAUGUCUAAACGGAAAACAUUUUUAUAUGUGAAACUAUUAGCAACAGCGCUACAA